AGUUGCGGUCUGUGGAAAAAAAAAUGGUUUUGCGAUCAGGAACUGCGGGCUGUGGACGAUUGUGUUAGACUUACUUCAUUAGAGGGCCGGUAUGCAAAAUUAACAUUCAUGUCGUGCAGAAGCGGAGCCAUCGUUUGGGGUGCACUGGAUUGCAUUUAUUUAAAACAGUCUAUGAAGACCUCUGUCUGCCAAACGGAGACAACAGAAAGCUUCUCGCGUUAUGAGGAGGACACCUAACGUGUGGAGCGGGCUCAUAUAGCGCCAGAACGCGUGGGAAAAGAGAUGCAUUUCUAGACAGUCGAAUAUAGUUCCAGCUUUCUAAAUGCGUCUUCUUAUCGAACAGACAAGAACAAUGAGCAGUGGCUCUAGCAACUUUCUGCUAGUGCCUAUACCGGAGUAUCCUGUACUAGACUGCGUGCCAAGCAAAAACGUCAAAAUAGUUGUACUUGGUGCAAGCAAUGUCGGAAAAACAGCUCUGAUUGUACGAUUUCUUACUAAGAGAUUCAUAGGAGACUAUGAAGCCAACACAGGAGCCUUGUAUUCAAGGAAGAUUAAUUUGGAUGGGGAGCAAGUUUCUUUACAAGUGCAGGACACUCCGUGUGUUUCACUCCAGGAUGACGCAGAGGGUCUUUACUGUCAGGAGCAGAUCAACCGCUCCAUUUACUGGGCAGAUGGAUAUGUUCUCGUCUUCUCCAUCACUGACCUCAACAGCUACCGUACCAUCCAGCCUCUCUAUCAACAUGUGCGCCGAAUCCAUCCCAGCGGCAACAUCCCUGUUAUCAUCGUGGGAAACAAGAGCGACCUGCUGCGCGCACGACAGGUCCCGGAACACGAGGGAAAGGCACUAGCUGAUGAAUUGGGAGGGCCCUACUUUGAGGCUUCGGCCAGGGAGAACCAUGAGAGCGUCCAGGCUGCUUUCCUGAACUUAUGUCAGGAGGUUAGCCGAGCGCUGGGAGGAGGAAAUGGGGAGAAGAGAAAAGGUGGACUCCACCUUGCCAGGCCAAAGAGCCCAAACAUGCAAGAACUGAAGAGAAGGUUCAGGCAAGUGUUGUCAUCUAAGGUCAAGUCAGCGAGUGCACUAUGAAGAAGAUCAUAUGAUUGAAGAAUGUGACCGUGUAGGAUUCAGAGAGUGUUAACAAUAUGCUGUUGCGUAAGUGAUUGUGAAACACGAGGCAAAACAAUGAAACUUUCCAAGUACAGAUGAGCAGUGAGAUCACUGUGCUCUGCAUGAACUGCAACAUGGGACUCCUGACACUGAACUUCUAAUGGUUUUAAGGCCAAAAAAAUAGUUUUUUGUUUAAUCUUUUAGCUGCAGUUAUGCAGAUGUUUCCUAGUUUUCCAGGAUUAUGAUUCAUUUCUUAAAUUUGGUUGUUUGAUAGUGAAUUUCUUUCAUUUAUCAAUGAGGAUUAUAAAUGAAUCUCUAUUAAUGUGAAGCAAUGAUAAGAUUAUUUUUGACCAAUGUAUAUUGAAAGUAACAAAGUAAAACAAACAUGCUGAAGGGCCGUUUAUUGGACACAUAAGUUGCAGUCUGUUCCUAAGAUUCUCAUGUGACUGGAGCAGUUUUACAAAACGCUGUUCUAGGAUUAUCCCAGCUUUUCCUGACAGUGAGAGACAUAAUCCAGCUAUGUUGUUUAGAAUCGUGGGAGGAAAAGGUUGUUGACUGGUGGUUCCCAUGACCUUUGACCUACUUACACUGCGUCAAGGAUUUGAGUGUACUAUGGAGGUUCAUAGAUUUUCUCCUUCGCUAUUUCUUCCAGAUGUCCCACUCAAAUGGACAUUUGUUUAUCUUGCAGCACAGAUGAAGUAGCAUUUCUCUGAAGAAGGUCUUGAGAUUCCUGGACUAAACUAUUGGUCAUGCACCCAGUUAGUCAUUGACCUCUAACCUUUCACCUCUGAUAUGGCCUACCAUUUUCCUCUCUUCACACACUGACCUAAAUGAAAAGCAGAUUCAGUAAGUGACUAGCCUUGAACUCUCUGCUCUCGGGAAAGUGUGCGCAUGCCCGUUUCCUUAUACUUUGACCAAGUAAAAGACUGGUAAAAUAUACAGUAUAUCCUGUGCUGAUUUGAUUUCUUCCUGCCUUCUCUCAUUAUCUAUAUCUUUUACAUAAACCCCCAAUAUUUUCAAAGACUUGCGUCAACAUCUCAAUUUCAUUUCAACUGAACUUUUCUCAAAUUCUCUAAAAUCGUUGCAAACUAGAGAACUCUCGGAACUUGCUGGUUUACCUGGCCUUACCAUAACAUUUAAGUAGGCCUACAAUUACAAAAAUCAGAGGGAUCUGCUGCUGGAUUAGAACACAAGCCUGAAUCAGUGGCGCCUCUCCUUUAGUUUGCGUAAGACAGAUUUAAUAAACCAUCUCUCUGACACUGCAAUUAUUAAUGGCUUCCUGUAGCUACUAUUGCCUGCAAAAACUGAGAAAGAUUGGACUUAUAUUGUCCUCUGACCAAUGGGGAGGAUGAACUGGUGUUUGUCCUAAUUAUGGUUCUUUUGGGAAAGCUGGUCAAGGAAGUUCGAAUUCUCAGCAGAGUGAUAUUAGAGGAGAAACAGCUGUGACGUGAAAUGCUUAGAGACACUUUUUUCCCUCAUCUGAGCUCAUUACGCUAUCACAGCCACAGGAAGCAUGACCGAGACCAUUCCCAUAGGAGGACCGGGGGUGGAAAGAGGGAGAAAAACAGUAAGAGAAAGGAAAAAAGGAAGUGAGGCAAGAAGCUAGAGGGAGAGCUAUUAAUGAAAAUAGAGAGAAGGAAGGUCAACAAUCUCCCAACCGGUCCAUUCAGAGUGACAAACAUCAAUGAGGUUUGAGACCUGCUAGUGUCUUGCAAGACUGACUGCAGUAUUAACAAGUUGUUUAAUUUCUGUUUGAAUACAGGGAUUUACGUUUACAUCUGCUUUCAUAUUUGUUCAGUUUUGGAAAGAACACCAAGAAGUGAUUCAUGUCGGCUGAACUCUUCAAGAUUAACCCUAGUAAUGUUUGGUUUAGUCAAUGAAAAGUUUCUCUAAACAUUGGAACUGUUUCUGUCCUUUUACAUUUGAGGUCA